UGACAUUCCUUGCAGGAGGGAACGCCAUGAUUGCAAACGCCGUGCCUGUUGCGUUCUCUCCUGCUUGAGCUGGAGGAAGGAGCGCUGCUCAUUGUAGGAAAACCUGUUGGAUUCUCUAACUGGAUUUCUUCAGAAGUAUGCAAGUUUGGACGUUUGGCGUUGAAGGAUUUGGCAGCCGAGGAGAAUGAAUCUACGCCUGCAGGACUGAAUUGACGCGGAGGAGAGAUGCCGAGGACGACCCAAGGCUCCUUCGAUGCCAAUACCCAUUUUCAAAAUGAACCGCAUCAGUUUCCUCAUCCUCCAGCAUCGUCCUUUGGCUCCAGCGUGACUGUGGCCAGCCCAGCCAAGAGAAUGACUUUCUACAAGAGUGGCGACGCUCAGUUCCAAGGUGUCAAGAUGGCUAUCCAUAAGCGCAGUUUCAGAUGCUUUGAUGCCUUAUUGGAUGACCUUUCUCAAAAGGUUCCUCUACCUUUUGGUGUGCGUACCAUCACGACCCCCAGGGGGACUCACGGUAUUAAACAUUUAGAGCAGUUAGAGGAUGGAGGCUGUUACCUGUGCUCUGACCACCGCUACGUGAAACCAAUCAACAUGGAAGCAGCAGGGAAGAGGCCGGCGGUCUGGCACCAUCACAGCCACCCGCAUAACACUCGCUCCAAGCCCUCCCGACCAGAGGAGCCCCCCUCGGGACAUCAGCACCAACACCGGCACCCCAAAAGGAUAGUUCUUGUUAAAAACAACCACCCUACUGUUAGGCGAUCCAUCAUUCUGAGCAGACAAACUGCUCGGAGUCUUCGCGUCUUCAUGGAUGAGAUUUCAGAACUCAUGCAAUGUCAUGUCAAGAAACUCUACACUCUGGAAGGACGUAAGAUUGACAAUAUUCAGAGUCUGAUGAAGUGUCCUAGUGUGCUGAUCUGUGUGGGUCGAGAGCCCUUCAGACCGCUGCUCACUGAAAGCUUGAAGAAGCUCUCAGAUGAAACGCUUCCAGGAAUGAGCACAAGGUCUCACUCCAGUGAAUGCCAUGAAAGCAAAAAGAAUGUUAACUUUGGGCUGGAGACAAAGAAAAUCAUUAUCCAUCCACGAUCAGACUCCAGUAAUAGAUCUACAAGAUUCUCUCUUUCUUCAGAAAAGUCAUAUCAAAAUGGAUUAUGCACAACCCCAGGACAGUCUGGUUGCGUCAGCAACUGUCCUUAUGUUAAAGAAUUUGUAGUGAACGAUGACAUUAAGAAAAGAGUGCUUGUUAACAAAGACGGCAGCCUUUCUGUGGAGAUGAAGGUUCGCUUUCGGCUCUUCGACGAUGAGACUCUUCAGUGGUCCACCGAGAUCAAGAAGUCAUCAGCAAAUGUGAAUGGCUCUGUAAAAGAUGCAGAUUAUCUUCAAUCUAAAGCUGAGUAUUCAAACCCAGACUCCAUAUCUGCAUCUGACAUGGAUGAAGCCUUUGCAACAAAGCUGCAUCAGAAGCAUAUCAAGGAAACACUUUGUCAGAACUGUUGCAAUCACUGCCAAGAGUAUGACAUCUGGAAAAACCCCAUGCACAAAGAACCGGGGGCCUGCAAAUCACCUAGUUCCAGUGCAUCGUCUCACAAAGUUGUACAUAAGAAGUCAUCGGUGGAUAGUACGCAAACAAUUUCUCGUUCCAGUGGCGAGUGCACUGAGCAUGUGGUGGAAAAGGCCUUAUGCUUUCAGCAGACAAUGGAGGAAGGAGACAGUAGAGUAGAAUACUGUGCAAUAAGUCAUUGCUGUAAUCGAAGUGAGGUAUCAUCUGUUGGUAUCACGGCAAAGAGCAAAAAAUCUUGUGAGGACAACCGUGAGAGUCAUGUUAAAACUAAAUGUUCUUAUAUGGAACCUAAAAUCUCUCCUACUCCACAGUGUGAGGUCAUUAAGGUCAUGGAAGAGCGUCCAGUUUCUGUGGUCAGCAACUCAUCCAAAGUGCUUGAGUCUUUGAAGGAAGAUCAGGAUGAUGAAUACGAUGACCUGCCUCCAAGUGUCUCAAGAGCAUUACACUGGUCUCAAAAAACCACAGUUACCUCAGAACCAAAUGAUGCAACACCUAAUGAAUGUGCAACUCCAAAAACUAAGUCAAACAGAGCCAUCAGUGCAAUGUCUGAGACCUCAGAAAAAUCUAAUGCCUGCUCUGAAAGAUCUGUCAAAUCCAAUGUAAAAAGUCUUGCAUCUCAGGAGGUAAAUAAUUGCAAAGAUGUGACACAGAAUGCCUUAUCUGUGACCUCUCCAUUGCCUAGGUCAAAGAGGUCUCCAUCCAACAGAUCAACCCACAACAAUGAAAUUAAGAAAACUAAGAGCAGAGCACCAAGUGGGAUGUCAGUAAGCUCUAACAUAUCCUUGCAAUCCCAAAGAUCAAGUAAAUGUCAUUGUCACAGCACCUCAAGUGGUAAUUUGAGAGAGACAAAGAUUGAGAUGCCAAAAGAGGAUGCCAAAGGUGAAUCCGAGAGCUUGUCAGGAAAAUCAAAACUGUCAACUAAAUCUCUUAUAAAUAACAUUAAGUAUUCAGGCAAUCAAUUAGAUGAACCUCUAAGCCCUACAUCAACAGCAUCUGUUUCUCUUGGACUGGUAGAAGAGCACAAGGGUGACUUUGACUUUGAUGAACGAUCAACCAGUGGCAUGUCACACAGAGAAACAGAGGAAGCUGGAUAUAUGUUAGAGACUGUAAAUGGAGUGGAUGCAGAGGAAAGGUCAAGGACAGAAAUGUCUAUGAACUCUGCAAUUUCAGACAAAUCCAAAAAGUCCCAUCACAAGAACUGUAAGACUCCUGUUCAAGCCCUCUCGCCUGUCUACACGGAAAGUGUCAUGUCAGCAGAUCUCAAGAAAAACAAAUCAGGAAACAAUAUCAGAGUGCCCUCCACUUCAAGAAGUAAGUCACCCUCGAGAGUUUCACAGGGAAGCACUGAAAAUGCAGCUAUGAAAGAGAGAGAUUUUGAAACUGUCAACAACAUCAGCCAUGCAGACAUUAAUGAAACAUCUUCAAAACAUGACCAAAGUGAAAUAACCUCUGGAAAAGCUACCCCAGAAAGUGACUGUUUAAACUCUUCAAAGUCCAAAAACGUGCACAGUAUUAAAGAGAGUGAUAGAGUUAAAUGCAAAAGAUCUAAGUGUUCUUCCCAGUGUUUAUAUGAAAUAAAUGGGCUGAAUAUAAAAUAUAAUGGAGGCAAUGAUGGUGGCACUUGUAAGUCAUCCACAUCGGACAGAAGAUCUGUCAAAAAUGAAGCAUCCAGAUCAAGUACAGCAGGGAUGUCUGAUAUUCCCCAAAAUUGUAAAAGUUUACCACAGGAGAUGCCAAACAAGAAUAUAGCAUCUCUCAAGCAUCCUGGUUCCUCAAACGACAGUGUCUUAUCUCGGGCACUUUCAGCAGCAGAUCUGUUGAAAGAGAUUGUCUGCAGUGCAAGACCAGUCAGCAGAGGAUCAAAGUCAGUUGCCUCCAGCAAAAAUGUCAACAAGGUAGAUAAUAAAAGCCAAAAAAGCAGCAGGAGCAAACACAGCAAAGUCAGCAUCCCAUCAGAGUGCAACAACAAGGAAUUGAUGCCGUCAUGCUUACCGAACACAUCCUCUACGGAAGUUGUAAGUGAAUGGCUGAGGAACAUUCCCAUUGAUGGCCUUGUUUAUGAAAUGGAUGUGGAACUCAAUGAAGAUGUGACCCUGGCUCAAGGUGGUCAGGACACUUCUCAAAGAGACCAAGUUGGGGCAUUAAAAAGCAUAAAAGAGGUUGAGAAACCCCAUGAUGAUCAGACAGAGGAUACUCAUGUUCAGCUGACAGAGUUGUGUGACAAAAGAGCAAAAUUGGAAGUAAGCAUAAUGGAUCCCGAAUGCAAAGCAUUAACCAAACAAGACAGUUUGCAAAAACAGUGUCAUUCUUCAGAUCAGGUCAUGAAGGUUUUACUGGGUCCAAAACUAGACAGAACCAGUAGUUUACCUGAGGUGUCCCCUCGAUAUGGCAGAAAAUUAAGCCAGUCUGCUCAAGGACUGUUGGAUUGCUUUGCGAAUUUACGACUGAUUGACUCAGACUCUAAAAAUGAAAAGCAUCAUAAAUAUAAUGAAAUCAUGUUGAUCCUACAGUCGCUCUGGCUCCAAAAGCCCUCAGAGGAUGAGCAGAGAAAACCUAAUGCAAAGGAACAUCCCUCUGCUGAGGAUGAAUUUAACCCACGGUCUUCAUCUGGAGUUGAUGUAAGCAGUGGCUCCACAGGCUCUUUUAAAGGUAGCAUUAAUGGCAUAUUAGAAAAAACAGAGACCACACAAGGCACAACACCACCAAUUGCUGAACGAAAGGGCUCAUUGCAAGAAAAAGAAGAUGAGGUAAAGUCUACAGCUCAAGCAUGUGAAUGUUUAGAUCCAUCCAAAGUCCCCUCAGAUCCAGUAACUCUAGACCUUGCAGAACGAGUCCAGGGAAGUCCAUUAAAUGCACAACUGGAUGAUGACCAAGAAAAUGGUGCAUUGCAAGAAGAUGAUGAUGAAAGCAGUGAGAAGAAUGAAUCCGAUCAAACGCCACAAACAACUUUUUACAAGAGCUCUGGGAAUGAGAGUAAUACUAUGAGAUCUCAAGAAAAUACAAGCUCAGACACUCCACCGUCUGUUCAGAGAGCUCCACUUACUAAAAGAGUUUCACAAGACCCAGAUCCCAUUUGGGUGAUGAGCUUAUUAAAAAAGCUAGAAAAGCAGUUCAUGUUGCAUUACGCAGAUGCCAUGGCAGAGUUCAAAGUGAGGUGGGAUUUGUAUGACAAUGAGAUGCUCGAUAAAAUGAUAACUGAGCUGAAAGAGGAAGUGCAUAAACGGAUUCAAUCAAGUAUUAGCAGAGAACUGCAAAAAAUCCAAAGUCGGGCUGGCAGGGGUCCGAGACCUCCGGGAAAUACUCUAUCAAGAGACUCAACAGUACAGACUGAGCAGCGACGCAGGCGUCUUCGGGUCAUGCGCAAUAAGUCAAUUUUUUCAAGAAGUGAUGAAAUUUACACAGCAUCGGGUACAGAAUACAGCGAUCAGCGCAGUGACGAUGAAUACUGCCCAUGUGAUGCAUGCAUGAAAAAGAAAAUGACAUCCAGAGCAGUCCAGCCAGCUCAGGCUUUGAGUUUAGCUCCAGUUAUGAUAGAAUUUGAUCUGCGCAAAAUUUUGCAGAUGAAAAAGGACCCAGCCCAACCUACAGAACCAAAGAUGGAAGAACAACAUACCAACAGAAUGAUUUGUGCAGUUAAUAAAGAAGACAACAACUUAGAAGUGGUUUGUGAAGCGAUAAAGGAACCAAACGACAAUACUAGAGGACAUAAAUUUGAGAUGGCAGAUCAAGAGCCAGAAGGUGUUGUCCGUACAGUAGAUGAAGACAAAAAUGCAGGAAACAUCAAAGAUGUGUCUGUAAGACUCUGAGACAAGAGAUACAAAUGAAGAGGAAGCACAUGGCAAAAUAGAGUGUGGUGAUGUGGAAGGUGGUGAAGAGCUGGAAAAUUAAGAUGCAAAAAUGGUGGUAAAUGUUAAGAACGAUACUGAGGAGGAAUUUGAGAUUGUUGAAGAAGAGGCUAAAAAUGAAGGAAGUACAGAGGAGGACUGUGAGAAGAAAGACCGUUCUGAGGGGGAUGCAGAAAAUGCAGAAAAUAGGGAUGCUGUGGAGGCAGAAACUGGUGAAGAAAUUGAAUCGGUUGACAAGGAAGCAGAAACUGAGACUGGGAAAGAGAGUACAGAAGACACGUCUGCAGAAGAUGGAGGUAAUACUAAGUUAAAUAAAGUUGAUACAUCUACUGAAGGUGAAAAUUCAGGUGAAACUUCAAAUCAUGAGUCCACCAGUGAGAGGAAUGCAGAUGGUAACCAGGAUGGAUCUGCAGAGGAUGAUGCAAACAAAGAUAGGAAAUCAGACACAGGACAGGACAAAGUUCAGUCUGAAGAAAACGGCAAGAUGCCAGAGGUAAAUAUCAAGGUGGAGGACACAGAAAAUGAUACCGACAAAUGUAGCUCCAUUGAGGAAGAUUUUGAGAGAGAAAAAUCUGAUGAAGCUGCUGUUGAUGAGAGCACACUAGCAAAACGGGUAACUAGAACAGUGGAGUCUCAACCAGGAUCCGUGGAGAACUGCAUGAAUCAGACAGUUUCAUGGAGAGUGUUGAAAGUCAAGGAGAUAGUAUGGUUGUGAUUGCUAAACACCCAGCGUACAAAGAGACGCAUGGAAACCACAAGGACAUGUGCAAUGGCCUGAAUGAAUGGCAAGUGUCUCCUAAAAUAAGCAACAGAACCAGUAAACAAAAGAAAUGACACUGAGGUGAGAAAGGAUGAUUUGAUAUCCCCUCAUAUAAUGCACUUUAUUACUAAACUUACUUUAGAUGGGACUAAAAUUAUCUGAGAUUAUAAAGCGCUAAAUAUAAAUUUCAAAGAGAUUUAAAAAUGGUAUAUAGUACAAUUCUGUAUAUUUUUCAUGUAGUCAAGGUAUUAUUAUAUUAGAGACUGUUGAAAGGCAUCAAACUUUCAUUUACAAAUAUUUACUCAUGGAUUCAUAUACACAGUCAAAUACUAUAGUCACAGAAUCAUGUACAUUUUACAGAUUAACAUUGAAUUCUCAGGGUUUUUUAAUGUUACAAGUAUUAUACUAUUCAUGCAUUGUUUGCCCAAACCUUAACCAUGGUUAGCAUUGCAUAACUUCUAGUUUAUGUGCUAAAUGGCAAAAUUAUAUUUCAAAGUAUACAACUGCAAAUAUGAUGAAAGAAAGAAAUAUUACCCAAAAUGCUUUUGAGCCAACUUUUUGCCAUGACUGUAUAUUUCAAAAUGACUUAACUGUGUUUAAUUCUGAAUUUGGCAAUUGUGGUAUUUAAAGCAACUUUGAUAAGGUUUUGUUGUGUGUUGCUACUGUACUGUAACAUUUACAGUAAUAAAUGCUCAAAUCUGAGAAUGUCA